AUGAAUCAGCCGAUCUGCGUUACCUGCGUUAUUAUCCUCCUAAUCUUUCAAAUUAACUUGGUCCACGCCCAAAAUGUGCACCCGCCAAGGUAUAAGCCGAUAAAACAGUGUCGCUACGUUAGAAGAUUGGAUUUGAUUUGUGAACUUUGUUUCAGGACAAACGAGGCAGCAUCGCGGGACAAUUCCGAGGUUUGGCUCGUCGUCAUAAUGUGCCUUCUAUUCUGCUUUGCCUUGCGUCAUAUGAACGAUUUCUAUGUCGGUGAAUCGGUAAGUACCUUAUUGCACAUUCAUCAUUUUCUAUUCUUUCAUUCUAUUUCAAUUCCAGAUCACUUUGGUUGCCGAGGGAGAGUUCACGCAUCGGUUCAGCAGAAAGCAGACCAAUAAACAUUUGGAACGAGUUGAGAGGGACUUCAACGACAUGUUCCACAAACUUUGUGAAAAGUAUGAACGAGAUCUGGACGCUGAUGGUUGUUGUGGUUACUAUGAGGAAAAGAAGCUUGUCGAGAAAACUGUAUAA